AUUAAAAGAUUACGGGAACGUGGUGGAAGGCACAAAUACGAUAAUAGUAUGGACGGAACGAAUGGAAGUGAUCUAAAUGUAUAUGCAAAUGUUCGUUUUUCUGAAAUAAAAGUCGACAAAAGGCGUGGCUUUUCUUGCAGAAUGGAAUUCACACAACCCCCAAUGCGACGUCAUUCAGAAAAUAAAAACAGUCGAUUGCAAUAUUGGAAUAAAAGUAGAAAACUUAUGAAUGGAAGUUUGAUUUGCCUACUUUGGCCAUCCGACAAUAAUUCAUCUGAUAAUGCUGAUAAUGGCCCCCAAUUUUCUUUAUACUUUGGAACUGUGUCACUUCGUGACGAAAAUUUAUUAGCUCAAAAACAACAUACUGCAGUGGUUGACAUCAGUUUUAUUGAUACAUCAAUUUAUGAAAUUGCUUUGAAAGAAAUAAUGAAAAAAAAUUCAAAUAAACAGACAACAGGAUGUUUCAUGGUUGAAUCUACAGGAGUG